AUCACCAAACUUAGGCCCUGGCACGUCACAGGUGGAAGAAAUGUCUAUACCAAGAUUCCUAAAAGUAACAUAUGGAGCAUACGAUAAUUAUAUUCCAGUCAGUGAAUUAAGCAAAAAAUCAUGGAAUCAGCAAUACUUUUCCCUGGCAUUUCCCAAACCACCAAGGCCAGGAAAGAAACGGAGAUCACUACCUUCCCAGUUACAGAACAAUCCAGCUCCUGUAAUUGAUGAACAAAAAUUAGGAAUUCACAAACCACCAUUAUGGAUGCACCGUUCCCUGAUGAGAAUAUCUGAGAGACCAUCAGUUUAUUUGGCUGCCAGGAAGAGCCUUCCACCAAAACCACCUCGUUUUGGCAAGGGAGAGUUUAAAAGAGCGGGCACAACCAAGACUUUGGCUUCAGAAAAAUCAAAGAAAGAAGUGAAACUGAAAAAAGAUGAAUGUGAAGCAAAAGAGAAGAAAGCUCUAAAGACAGAGAAGGAAGAAAAUCUCAAACCAGUUGAUACAAAAAUUUCAAAGGAUUCACAGAAGGACAAGGGAAAAAUAUCUUCAGGCUCUGAAGGUGAAAAGGCUGGUGUGAAGAAAGAUGUCACGACCAGUAAAAAAGGCACAAAGGGUACUGAUUCAGCCUCAGAAACCGGAAGUGACAAGCCUGGUGUGAAGAAAGACAUCAAGACCAGUAAAAAAGGCACAAAGGGUACUGAUUCAGCCUCAGAAUCUGGAAAUGAAAAGGCUAGUGGGAAGAAGGAAGCCAAGACCAGUAAAAAAGGCCCAAAGGCUAAAGAUUCAGCCUCAGAAACAGGAAGUGAAAAGGCUGGUGGAAAAAAGGAAGCCAAGAGCAGUAAGAAAGGCUUAAAGGCUAAAGAGUCAGCCUCAGACAGCGGAAGUGAAAAGGCUGGUGGGAAGAAGGAAGCCAAGAGCAGUAAGAAAGGCUUAAAGGCUAAAGAGUCAGCCUCAGACAGCGGAAGUGAAAAGGCUGGUGGGAAGAAGGGAGUCAAGGGCAGUAAGAAAGGCUUAAAGGCUAAAGAGUCAGCCUCAGACAGCGGAAGUGAAAAGGCUGGUGGGAAGAAGGGAGUCAAGGGCAGUAAGAAAGGCUCAAAGGCUAAAGAUUCAGCCUCAGAAACCGGAAGUGAGAAGGCUGGUGGGAAGAAGGACGCCAAGGCAAGUAAAAAGGUCUCAAAGGAUAAAUCUUCAGCCUCAGAAUCUGGAGGUGAAAAGGCUGGUGGCAAGAAGGAAGCCAAGGCAAGUAAAAAGGUCUCAAAGGAUAAAUCUUCAGCCUCAGAAUCUGGAGGUGAAAAGGCUGGUGGCAAGAAGGAAGCCAAGGCAAGUAAAAAGGUCUCAAAGGACAAAGCUUCUCCCUCAGAAUCUGAAGUUGCAAAGGCUGGAGGGAAGAAGGAAGCCAAGGCAAGUAAGAAGGUCUCAAAGGACAAAGUUUCUGCCUCAGAAUCUGGAGGUGAAAAGGCUGGAGGGAAGAAGGAAGCCAAGGCAAGUAAGAAGGUCUCAAAGGACAAAGUUUCUGCCUCAGAAUCUGACGGUGAAAAGUCUGGUGGGAAGAAGGAAGCCAGGGCAAGUAAAAAGGGCUCAAAGGACAAAGCUUCUGCCUCAGAAUCUGGAGGUGAAAAGGCUGGUGGGAAGAAGGAAGCCAAAGCAGAUAAAAAAAGCCCAAAGCAGUCAAAAGAAACACUUGUAAGUAAAGCAGUUGACAAAGAUGUUGGAAAGAAAGAAGAAAAGUCAGUUAAACAGGGUUCAAAAGGCAAAGAUGUGGUUGCAGAUUCUGCAAGUGAAAAGGGAGAUGCAGGGAAAGAGGCCAAGAAGAAGGAAGAGAAAGAGAAAAAGAAAAAGGGAGAGGGAGAUGCAAAAGAGGGUAGUAAGAAAGAGAAGAAAGACAAGAAGGACAAGAAGGACAAGAAGGACAAAAAGGACAAGAAGGACAAGAAGGACAAGAAAGACAAGAAAGAAAAGAAAGACAAGAAAGAAAAGAAAGAAAAGAAGGCAAAGUAAGUCUUGGUUCAGAAAGCAAACCGAAGGUAAGAACUCCAAAGCAUAGUCAGUGAACCCAUUUUGAUAGUCUUAACAUUCAUCGUGAGAUAAAAGAAGUAUGCAAAGAUUAAUCAAACCAUUUAUUAAAGAGAAGGAAAAUUACACGGUGAAAUGAAAGUAUACUCAUGGAAUUAAAAAGAGGACUAAGAACGUUCAUAGGAUUCACUGAACCAUGUGGAAGAUACCCAUUUUAAAUGUGUAGCUAUGGAGGUAUUAAAGUAAAAUCACUAGGGAGAUUCAAAGAAUAUAUAAAUAAGAAUGCAGAAAAUAACAAUUGGAAAACAAACAACAACAAAAAAAACCCUACAAUAUUCCAUAAGGAUUUUGUUUUAAAGGCUUACAAGAAGGCUUGGUGCUGUGUCUAGCUUUAAUGAUGUGCAGCUGAGCUUGUACACCUAUGAAGCACAAUAGCCAAGAAAAGCCAAACAACGCUUAGACAACAGAACUUGAACUGAAUAAAUAUCAAAAAAUGGCUUCACAAGGAAAACAAGUAGAAGAGCAGGAAGAGAGGGAGGGGAUGAAGAGAAAGAUGGAAGGAAAGACAAGAGAGCAAAGAUCACCGUCCAUACGAAAAAGGAGGAAGGACACCUUGAGUUUGUUUACAGGACCAUCUGAGUUUCAAGUGCCCACAAUGACCCACCUGUCAUCCCUGAUGAACAUUUUUGGCAUCUUCAAUUCAAAAUGGCCACAACAGAACACUUGAUAUGACCACCAACGAUUGUUUCACAAAUCUCAAUUCCGGAAUCUAAGUCAGGGCCUCAUCUAAAGGUGAAUGUGAAAAGAAAAGAAGAUGAUGAAAUCAAAGAGACAACAUCAGCUCUGGAAAUGAGAAGCAAAAAAACCCCCAACAAACAAAAACAAAAAGAAAAAAACAACAGAAAUUUAUGAAGGUCAUUUAAGAAGUACAGCAGAACCCUGGCAAUGAAGACGUUGUAUAAUUUUAUUCAAAAUCUAUGGUAUACUAUGAAGAACUGUUCAAAAUUCUCAUUAUGGAAGAGUGCAACGUUUCAUUCUCUUGAUUAUCUUCAUGUCUGUGAAGUUGUCAGG